CGAGGAUGGACUCGUCGGGGCUGUCUCGGCCCGUGAGCCCGAAGGAGGAAAGCCCAGAGAACGAAAGUCCGGAAGCGACCCCCGAGCACGUCCGGCAGGAGAUCCAGCGCUGCAGGGAACUUUGUGCUGCUCUGGAGCAAGACCACGAGAAGCUACAGAUGGCCAAGGAAGCUGUAGAGCAAAAUACACAAAAGCUGAGGGAAGAAGGAGAACUUCUUUGUAAAAACUCUAAGGAAGAAAUACCUUUAAACAUAGGUGAAGAGGUGGCCAUUUUCCUUUCGGAGCAGGAGGGGUGCAGACUGAAGCAUGAGAAGCAGGUGCUGAAAAAGAAGGUGGAAGCAGUGAAGAAGAGGCUCCUCUGGGAGGAUCCAGCAAGGAUGCUGCCAGCCUUGCCAGAGAGGAGCAUGGUGUUUAAGGAACUUGUGACAAGCAAGGAAGACACAAACAAGCUGGUGCUGAUCCCAAAGAUCCACUACCCUCUGCUGGGUGGCUCAGCCCUUGUCACGUUUGAGAAGGCAGAGGUGGCCCAAAGGAUCCUAGAGAUGAAGGAACAUGUGGUGGAGCUGAGCUGCGGGGAGGAGCUGGAUUGGUGCAGGGUGCGAGUGCGGGCAAUGCCCGUGGAUUUACUGAUGCCCUCUGCCCUGGAGAUGGGGCUGACUCUGAGCAGCAGGAGUGUACUCGUGUCUGGCCUGCCCAGCCUGGGCAUCCCCGAGGAGGCACUGCUGGACAAGCUGGAGCUCUUCUUCAGCAAGACAAAGAAUGGGGGUGGUGAGGUGGAGAGCAUAGAGUUCCUGGACGAUUCUGGCCGGGUCAUGGUGACCUUUGCAGAGGACGGAGUGGCAGAGCAGCUAAUUGAGAGAGGACACAUCCAGGUACUUCUUGGGAAGGGAAAAUAUGAGGUCAAAAUAUCACCUUGCAUGAGCGGAGAUAUCACUAACCUGCAGCUCCAGUCCUCCCGCUGCCCCCGGACUGUCCUGCUCACGGGGAUCCCAGAUGUGCUGGAUGAGGAGUCCAUGAGGGACGCCCUGGAGAUCCACUUCCAGAAGGGCAGCCUUGGUGGGGGAGAGGUGGACACCCUCGACUACGUCCCGGCAGGACAAGUGGGGGUGGCUGUUUUCACGGAGGACGCAGGCUAGCCCUGGCCAGCCUGGGACAGCAGCGCUCGGUGUGGCCCCUGGCACA